AUGUCAAAUACAGCUCCAUGUGAUCAUUAUAGUUCGACUUCGGCAAGCCAUGCUCGAAGUAUCAACGUCGGCAUUGAUUCCGGCUUUACAAAUGAUCCAGUUCAUCGCGGCUCAUUGACACCUACAGAAUUAGAUGCCAUUCAUCAAACAGCUAGUUUCAAAAAAGCUGUGCAACUUCAAAAAGAAGAUGAUCAUGAUUUGGCUGCCAAAAUGAAACAAAUAAAACGAGCAAACGAAUCGAACAAUUGUUUGUUUGUUUUUUUUUUCUACUAA